AUGGCUGCCAACAAUACGAAUGGGACUGCAGGGUCUGACAACAAGCUUCCACAGAACUUGGUGGAUGCAAUGCAGGCGCUUUUUGGGAAACACCCCGGAUAUCGUACGACUCAUGCCAAGGGCCUCCUGGUGGAGGGCAUCUUCAAACCUACGGAGGAUGCCAAAACACUCUCAACGGCCCCUCACUUCAACAACCCCUCAACCCCAGUCAUCGCUCGCUUUUCCGUUGGCGGUGGUAUUCCACACAUAGCUGAUGUAGACGACGGCGCGACCCCAAAGGGCGUGGCCAUUCGUUUCCAGAUCGACGAUGACACAUACACAGAUAUGGUCACACACUCGUUCAACGGUUUCGCAGUCAGGACUGGAGAGGAGUUCCUGACUUUCCUCAAGCUCUUCGGGGGAUUCGGAGCUGCUGAGGCCGCUCUUGAAAAGGCAAAGGAGGCCGGGGCCGACACUGCCAACGAACAAGCAGUUUUCGACAAGGCCCAAGCUGCCUUCGGGGCCUUCCUCGCUGUUCAUCCGUCGGCUUUUGAGUUUGUGAAUGCUCCGAAGCCCAACCCCUUCAACUACGGCACCAUCACAUACUACCAACCGAAUACCCACGUCUUGACCAACUGCGAUGCCAAGACCACGAACGUCCGCUACCGGCUCAUCCCAGCAGAUGGAGAGCACCUAUACCCUACUGCCACACCGGAGGACAAGGAGAACCUGAAGAAACUCGGAAACAGCUACUUGGAGGAUGAUCUGCAGCAACGGUUCCCUGGCAAGCCCAUUGUCUUCACAAUCCAGGCACAUAUUGCAGACCCGAGCGACAUCCUGGACGACGCUACCGUACCAUACAAGAGCACGACGUUCGUUCCGAUUGGUACCCUUGAGAUUAACAAGGUCUCAGACGACAAUGUUGCCAGGCAGAAACAUAUCUCAUUCAGCCCAACUCCGGAGAGGGGAGGUGUUACAGGCAUCGCAUCGUCCAAAGACCCCCUGAUCCAAGCACGUAAGGGUGUGUAUAGAAUCAGUACGGAUCAGCGCAGGAGCGAGGAACAGGUUGAAUGA